UCGAGUUUCAGAUAUUCAAACUGCGAGAGAAUGACUCAAUGGAAAAUUGAUCUUUGGCUGUGCCUGUACUAAUACUAGCAAAAGUAUAAUUAUAACCCAUACUCUUACUGUUAGUCAUAAGACUGCGCUUUUCAUUCUGUUUCAUUACGCUAUUGAUAAUAGCGAAAGAUCGUUCUGCAUUGACGAACAAAGUAUUAGUUUAGUGAUCACCACAUGGCUUUCGAAUUAUGGCCAAUGUAAUUCUGCAGUAUUCUGGCCGGAUCAGAUGACGCACUAAUUGUACGUAGAGGAGAGGCCUGACUUCGACUUUCAUCAUGGUGUCUCUGUCCAUGGAUCAGCUGCUGCGCAAAGUGGUCUUCACGAAAUUCUUUACAAAUGGAUGGGGCCCCGAACAUCAGCUACUUCAAUUCAUAAAGUUCCGGCGUGUCCUUGGUAACAGAUUGGAGUGUGCAUCACGUGUUAAAGACGAUACACCCAUCAUCAUUGAAAAGGUGCAAAAUCGCUCAGACCAUACCAUCACGUCUGGUCAUUUCCUGUCUCCUAUUGUUCACAUUGCUGAAGGUAUCUUGCCAAAGGAGAGUGAAAAUUGCCACUUUGAGCUUAUCACUCCCAAACAGUGGCCAUCAAGCAGUCGUCAGCCAGUUUGUAUUCACUUAGCUGGAACCGGUGAUCAUGGUACAUUGUGGCGGCGCCAGCAACUAGCAUACCCACUGCUGAAGAAAGGCAUUGGCUCAAUCAUCGUGGAGAACCCAUUCUAUGGAGUUCGCAAACCUCCCGGCCAAUUGCGGUCAGGUCUUCUUCAUGUAAAUGAUCUGUUUGUACUUGGUGGAACGUUGACAGUGGAGUCGCUAGUGCUGCUGCGGCAUUGUGAACGGCUGGGUUACGGUCCACUCGGUGUUAGUGGUAUAUCUCUAGGAGGGCAUAAUGCAGCAUUAGCUGGUCUGAUGUGGCACAAGCCUCUUGUUAUCGUUCCGUGUUUAAACGGUCUCUCCGGUGCCUCCAUCUUCACUCAGGGUGUGCUGGCCAGAGCUUGUAAAUGGUCCAAAUUAGAAGAAGAUUUGCAGUCGUAUCGCUUGCGUGGUAUUCAGCACCUGGCUGCUCAUCUUAUGCAGCAAGUGGAUGGUGUUCAGCUGCGAUCAGAGACCGGGUUUGAGUACGAUGACAGUGCAAAUCCACACAGCAACAUUAGCGUACCGGCUCACUUUGAAAUUCCGUCUCAUCUCCACAACCCCGACAUUGCGCAGCUGAGGCAGAGUUUCGGCGAUAGCUUUGAUUUCAUGCGCUGGUUGAUGGAUGAAGUGUCGCACCUUCAGCGUAUGCAAGUGCCCGUCAGUGGCUCCCGUAUUAUCAAUGUCUUAGCCAAGGAUGACGAGUAUAUACCACGCUAUCCCGGUCAACUUUCUGACAUCUGGAAUGACUGUGAGACAAGAUAUACAUCUGGUGGCCAUGUAUCCUCAUGCAUCUUGAAGUUGGACGAGUUCAGGAAAGCCAUUUCAGAUGCGUUUGACAGUUUUGAUGGCUCUUGAUGGUCACCACUACACAUCAAUGACAAUGGUCAUGUUUAGCGUCUGUAAGUUGCUUGCUUCCAUGGGCACAUCAAUACUGGAAGUAUAUGACAGACAGACCCCUAUUGCUGCAGGAAAACUGGCCAGGCCCUGCUCUACCACCACAGGCCAUGCCUUGCUACCUCAGCCAUGCCGUGCUGUGCUUGACUACCUCAAGACCAGCUCGUGUACUUGGUGCCGUACGCAAGGAUAUGGAGUUGAAAUGUGUGAUUGCAGGCGCUCCUGCACUGCAGCCUAGCCUGGGUUAUCAAUAUUCUUAUGUAGUUGCCAGCAUUGCCAGCAACUUGAGAGGGCAGUUGAGAAGUCUAAAUGGAUAUUUGAACUUGGACCUCUGACUGUUUUUGUAUGCCAGCAAAUAGCGGCAAUGAGAAAUUUUAGCGCCUACUGGUACACAUGUUGUCUACUGGUACACUCAUGUUUUCUAAUUUACCCAACUGUACUGUCAAGAGUAUUCUAAAUUUGAUCAGUGCCGUAGCUACCAUUAAUAGUUAUUACAACAUUUCUCUUUUUAUUUAUUUUCAAAUCUUAACUUUAACCUACCAGCCCUAUGCAUACUGCGUGUACUUGGCUGUAUAGCCUAGCUGUGUCAAAUUUAGAAAACAGUCGGUACUGAAGAUGACAGUAGUACUUCAACUACGUGUAACAUAUUUAAAAUCCAGUUUAUCUCCAUCGUGAUACAUGAUGUGGUACAAGUCUGUCAAAUCAGCUUA